AUGGAGAGCCUCCAGUUGGCGCAGAUGCUCGCCGAUCUGAGCAGCCUCAACGCAACGGAACCCAAUGCGGCAGCGGCCCUCGUUACAGCAAACAAGGUCAUCGAGACGGUCGAGAAGGCCGGCACCAACCCCGCCGCCGCCGGACUGCCCAAGCGGCCCACCGAUGAACUCCGCCGCGCACAUAGCUCGCAGACCUCGCGACCGGGCACAGGCACCGCCUCUCCCGCCCGCGUCGACAAAUUCGGCCGUCGCAUCAUGAUGAGCCCGCCCGUCUUGUCGCGCUCCAACUCGGCCCAGGGCUCCGUCCCAGGCACCCCCAAGAGGGACUCAGAAGUACGAAGCGCUACCCAACUGCUGCUGCAACAGCAAGUGCAGUUUGGAACUGGACAGACAGCUUACAUGACGGUUGCGGAACAGGGCGAAGACGAUUUGGACCGGGCCUCGACGCUGAUGGCGCUGUACGAAAUCCGGGCGAAGCUGAAGCAGCAGGACAACAGCAGCCUCAUGAAGGCGCGCGAGAAGAUUGCCGACCUCGCGGCGCGGCAGCAGCAGCAACAAACGGCUCCCGGCAAGAAGGAGCCAGAGAGGCUAACCUCUCGGUUCACGUUUCCCAAGUAA